AUGAAUGGAUUCCUGGAAAGGAGACUAGGAGAUCUGAUGAAUCAACACUCAGGGGGUGGUUCCCUUACGCAGUGGGAAGCCCAGUGGCAGGAAUUCCUCAGGACGUUGGAGAACCCUCAGUUUGGAUGGGGAAUCCCCCCCUUGCCAGAGAAACCUUCACCCUGGGAGGAUGCCAAGGCCUUUCUGGCCUCCUUCGAGCAAGUGGCUGAAGCCUGUUGGUGGCCCAAAGAAGAAUGGGGGAUUCGACUCCUGCCGGCCCUCAGUGGAGAAGCUGAGAAGGCCUUGAACCAUCUGGAUGUCAGUGACAGAGAGGAUUAUGGGAAGGUGAAGGCAGCCAUCUUGCGAGGGGAAGCCCUGAGCCGGGAGAAGCAGCGUCAAGAAUUCCGGGGUUUCUGCUACCAGGAGGCUGAGGGGCCACAGGGGGCUUACAGCCGACUGCGGGAAAUGUGCCGCGGGUGGCUGAGAGUGGAGAAUCACAGCAAGGAGCAGAUCCUGGAGCUCUUGAUCCUGGAGCAGCUGCUGAGCGUCCUUCCCCCGGAGAUCCAGAACCGGGUGAGGGAGAGCGGCCCCGAGAGCUGCUCCCAGGCGGUGGCCCUGGCCGAGGAGUUCCUCUUGAGGCAGGAGAAGCAGGUGCCCUUGGAGGAGGCAGGCCGGGCUCUGUCCAAGAGCGAGUGGAGGCAGCUCCCGAUGGACAUCAAGGAAGAGGAGGACGGAGAGGCCAUCUUGCGGGAUCAUAUACAGGAGAAUGCUGAUGAUAUGGGACAACAGAGCUGGUUAUUAGAAAAACCCAAGGAUGGCGAGACUGAAGGGAGCUUCAGGAAUCAAGUAGAACCCCCAAACCAGGUGAAAAAUGACAUCGUUGAAAGUAGUGAUAAACCCAUUCCUUGCCAAGAAGAAGAAUUCCUGGAAAUCGAAAACCAAGAAGAAAAGCCAACCCAACACUGUCAGAACCAAGGCCUCAGUGCUCAUGAGAGAAUCCACAUCAAGGAAAAACUAAAUGGAAGUGUGGCGUUUGGACAGAGCAUCAGUCAGAGCAUGGACAUUGUUUCACAUGAGGAAAUUCGCUUGAGAGAGAAACAAUAUAACUGUGCAGAGUGUGGAAAGAGCUUCAGUUGGAAAACAGCCCUUAUUUCACAUCUACGAAUUCACUCAGGGGAUGAUCAAGAGGAUGAGGAAGAUGAGGAACUGCAUCAGCUAUCACCAGAUAAAGUCAAGAACGAAGAGUUUAAAGGAAACUUCAGGAAUCGAGGCGGACCCAAGACACAGGAGGAAAGCCGUGCAGUGGAGAAGAUGGAUGAUUCCAUUCCUUUACAAAAAGAAAAACCAUAUAAAUGCUUGGAGUGUGGAAAGAGCUUCAUUAGGAGAGCACACCUUGAACAACAUCAAAGAAGUCACACAGGGGAGAAACCAUUUGAAUGCUCAGAGUGUGGAAGAAGAUUUCUUCAGAAGGCACACCUUUUUCGGCAUCAGAGAGUCCACACGAGAAAAACCCACACAUCUGCUCAGGAGAAGCUCAGUGUGGAAGACGAGAACAUGUUCUAA